AUGGAGAGUCUGGAACAUGCCAUGAAACGUGAUGCACCUAUUAUUGCUGAGUAUCUGGGAGGUGCUGUUAACUGUGAUGCUUACCAUAUGACGUAUCCUAGAGCUGAUGGGCUUGGCGUUUCCUCUUGUAUCCGAAAAGGUCUUGAAUAUGCUGGUGUUGCACCAGAAGAGGUGAACUACAUAAAUGUCCAUGCAACUUCCACACUCGCCAGUGACGUCCCAGCUGAGGUGAAUGCCAUUAAACAAGUCUUCAAGAAGCCAUCAGACAUCAAGAUCAAUGCAACCAAGUCUAUGAUAGGGCACUGCCUUGGUGCAGCUGGGGGUUUAGAAGCGAUUGCGACAGAGAAAGCCAUAACUACUGGGUGGCUGCAUCCAACAAUUAACCAAUUUAAUCCGGAGCCUGCAGUUGACUUUGAUACAGUGGCAAAUAAAAUGCAGCAACAUGAAGUGAAUGUUGCCAUUUCUAAUUCAUUUGGAUUUGGAGGACACAACUCGGUGGUGGUGUUUGCACCUUUUAAGCCAUGAUCCAUCAUAGUUUGCUUU